AUGACAGAUUCUGGAGGUUCUCACAAACGUCGUCAGAAGCUGAAAGGACGACUCUCCGUGGAUCGAUGUGCUAUUCUGGAGCUUAUUGUACAGCUGUGUUCGGACAAUGCAACGCAUUUCGAAAAACUCGCACAAUCGGGCGGUUACAACGAGCGGAUGCCAGUUGUUCAGACCGUUCUACAAACUGCAAUUGAAACUUUGAAAGGUAACAUCAAGAAACUCCAGGAAGUUGCUCCAAAAUAUGAUUACGACGAGAAAACACCGGGAAAUGGCUACAGAAGCCUCAUAUGUAUCUGUGACACCACCCUGCUUCACGUUGUAUCAUUGCAAAAAGCAGUUUACGAGCAGAGGGGAUACCUUAUCUUCCGGAUUUCUCACUUUUGCAAGGAACUCGAAGCAUAUGCGACAGUCAUCGACUACCUGAAUAAGUCUAUUCCAUUGUGUCUCGAGAGCGAAAAGAACAUGAGAGGGUCACUAUUCCCACCACUCGACGGUAACUACGAGACCUAUCAAGAAAUCCUACGAGUCAUGGAGAGACUUGAUUCAUCGGUCUUCUUUGGUCGUCCAAUUGGUUUCCAAUUCUCGCCAUCUAUCAACAAAAUCUUCCGCAUCAUUGGAGUUGUACUCGCCACUUACAGUCUGUCAUGGGAAAAGGGACAUGGUGCGAUUGGUUCACUUAUCAAUACUGGAAGGUUCUUUUUGAGUCCUGAGCAGAGAGCGGAGCGUAUCAUAAAAGUGACAAGAGAGGCGGAUAUCGAUUUUUGCAAGGGAUUCUGGAACCUUUCAGAGCUCAGUAAUAACAUGCCAAAGUUCUUCUGCCCAAAUAUGGCUCUGAAUGAAAUUCGAGAGAUCCCACUUGACGGUGCCAUUCCAAUGGAAGGGAAGAGCGGAGAAACGGUUAUGGUCCCUGAACCAUCAGCCCAUACAGGACCACGACCUGUUCAAUACAGAAUCCUCUCCACAGUUCAUAGACAGAAUAUGUCAUCAUUCGCGUUGUCGACUACCCAUCCGCCAUCAAGGUACUUGGUUCUUCAUUGUCAUGGAGGUGGCUACGUGGCGACAUCCAGCAAGUCUCAUGAGACAUAUCUGCGCCAGUGGGCCAAGGCGUUAAAUUGUCCGGUGGUGUCUGUCGAGUACUCACUGGCUCCUGAAAACCCGUUUCCAAGACCAACAGAGGAAGUUCUUUUUGCAUACUCAUGGAUUAUCAACAACCCAGCGGCAGUUGGUUGGACCGGCGAGAAGAUUGUGAUGGUUGGUGACUCUGCCGGUGGAAACUUGAUCAUGUCUGUCAAUCUUCGUCUCAUCCAGCUGAACAUCAAAAGACAACCGGAUGGACUUGUUCUCUGCUACACUCCAUUUUUGUUCCAGUACCUUCCAUCGCCAUCCAGAAUGCUCAGUGUCAUGGAUCCCCUUCUUCACAUGGGAGUUGUUCUUCGUUGCGUAGCAGCAUACACUGGAGCCUACGGAGCCCAAAUCAAUAAUAACAAGUUGCGAAAGAAUAGAAAUAGCAUUGGAGGAACUGACAUGUACGCUUCUCAUCGAUCUCUACAAGAAUAUGUUAACGAGGUUCAGAAGACUAAAGUUGAUUUUUCCGGAGGAUCUCAGUCCAUCGUUUCAUUGGUUCAAAAAAGUCAUGACAACGACGGGUUUGCCAAGACCAAAGGGAAUUCUUAUUACAAAUUGGAGUCAGAUGCGAAGACUUCGCUAGAAACUGAAGCAAUCGAGAAGACCGAGGUAUUGGAGAAGGAUGAGUGUGAAUGUGAAGAUGAUGCUCUGGAAACCACAAGUAUCGCUAGUGUUCAAGUGGAUGCAGACCCAUUUCAUAUCCAACUAAACCAUACAAUGCAUGACGAUGACCUCAUCAGCUUCCUCAGUCAUCAUCCUAUCACCAAAGACGCAAUGAGUCACACGCCAGAUAUAAGUGAGGAUGAAAUCGAGCUCAUCGAUAGUCCGAUUGAGUUGGGUCUUGAGGCGACUGAGAACUUGGUAAUCGAGGAGGAGCAUGAGGACACUAAAAGCGGUGAUGAAGCAUCAACACCUUCUACUGAAAGCAUUCCAGAAGUUCACACAACAAAACGACCACGUUUGCUGCAAAUGCUCAGUAGUGUCACUUCGAGAGAAAGUCGUGAUAACUCUCAAACCGCUCCAUCCACUCCAUCCCAACAACCGAAGCCUCUCACACAUAGUAAUUCUAUGAACGGAUUCAAUGUCCCAGUGCACAAACGAUCGUUAUCGCAAAGUCUGGCGGAUACAGCGGCGUCGACUGCUGCCUAUGCACUCGAUAACUUACAAGAUUGGUUCGAGCGACCUCCAAAAGAGAAACAGAAAUUGGACAGGACUAUCUCAAGAAAAGAUGACGGAGAUAUUCUUGAAGAAGUCAUCGAAGAAGAGGAGCAACCAUCACACCUGCUUGAGUUAGUCUCAGCUAGCACAGUUCCAAGGGAUCCGUUGAUUUCACCAUUGUACGCGGAUAAUGAAACUAUCAGAGAGCUUCCGCCUUGCUAUUUCAUGGCCUGUCACAUGGAUCCACUUCUCGAUGACACUAUUUCAUUUGCUGGAAAACUUCGCGACGCCGGGGGAAAAGUCAUGUCAGUCGAUUUACUGUCAUCUGUACCACAUGGUUUCCUUAACUUUACUCUCAUCUCUCCUGAAUGCAAAAAGAGUGGACAAGUAUGCAUUGGUCGUCUCAAGGAAGCACUCGGAAUGAGCGAUGAAUCUAAAUAA